GUUGACAUACACAAUAUAUACAAAUUGACAAUUGUAAUAGAAGUCACAAAUUAUAAUUAUGAAGUGGAUCAAUAGAGUAUCAAAACUUUUUCAACCAACAAAUGUGGUACCAAAAAGUUAUUUACCUAAAAUAGAUGUAUCAUCAAAAAGUCAUCAGCUGAUGAUAAAUACAGGUAUCAUAAGCAAUUCAUCUACUGGAAUGUUUACGUUUUUACCUUUAGGAUUAAAAGCGCUUGAAAAACUAACAAAAAUUAUAGAUGAAGAAAUGAUGCUUAUUGGUGGUCAAAAAAUUUAUUUACCUGCAUUAACAUCAGCUUCUUUAUGGCGUCGUACGUCUAGAAUGGUUGAAUCGCAACCCGAACUCUUCAUGAUAAUGGACAGGCAUGGAAAAGAAUAUUUAUUAAGUCCAACGUUUGAAGAAUCUAUUACCAAUGUAAUAUCUUCUUUGGGAUCUUUGAAACGCAAUAAAUUACCACUAAAACUCUAUCAGAUAUCAAGGAAAUGGAGAGAUGAAAUAAAACCUCGUUUAGGAUUGUUACGAAGUAGAGAAUUUAUUAUGAAAGAUUUGUACACGUUUGAUUCAAAUCUAGAAAAUGCUACAAAUACGUAUAAUAUUGUUAAGAGUGCUUAUGAAACUAUUUUAAAUCGUAUUGGUAUACCUCAUUUAAAGAUAUUUGCAGAUCCAGGUACAAUUGGUGGUUCGAUUUCACACGAAUAUCAUUAUUUAUCUAAUAUCGGAGAAGAUAUUAUAAAGUUAUGUAAAAAUUGCAAUUAUUAUGAAGGUAGAUUUAAGGAAUCUAAAAGUUAUUGCCCAAGUUGCCAACAAUCUUUGGAUAAAAUUAAUUCCGUUGAGAUUGGCCAUACAUUUUUAUUGGGUACAAAAUACUCUGAGCCACUUCAAGCAACUUUUAUAGAUAACAAUAAUAAAAGACAAUUUUUAGUAAUGGGAUCCUUCGGUCUCGGCUUAUCCCGUAUCCUUGCAACUGCGAUUGAAAUUUUAUCAACCGAUUUGGAAAUAAGAUGGCCUUUAAAACUAGCACCGUAUACUGUUUGUAUUAUUCCACCAAAGGAAGGCAGUAAAGAGGAAUCAGCAUCAUCAGUAGCAUAUGAUUUAUAUUUCGAGCUACAAAAUUCAAAUAUUGAUGUUAUAAUAGAUGAUAGAAUUAAAGAAACUAUUGGAAAACGUUUUAUUGAAGCUCGCAAAUCUGGAUAUCCAUUUGUUGUUGUAGUUGGAAAAAAUAGUUUAAAUUCCGUGCCUUUAAUAGAGGUACAUGAUAUAUAUAAUUCUUCUCAAUUUAAAUUAGAAUUAAAUGAGGUUCUUCAAUACUUAAAAAACAUUUUAUAA